AAAAUUCUCGCAGUUCAAUUGUGAUUAAUCUAUUUGACUUGGAUAAUAAAACAGAUUAUUCCAACUGAUAACUGUUCUAAGUAAUGAUGCACUUAAGUAAUCCUAAUUAAAACGGUUUUGGUCGAUUGUUCAAAUAAAUUUUGGUUAAAAAGAAUUGUAACUAUCUAAACUGGGGCAUAUUUGAUGUUUUAUCAAUUUAGUUCAGUCUAAUGUUUGAUAUUUGGAGAUAAAACGUUUAUUUUAGUUUCUUAUCAACGUACAGAUGAAGUUAUCAGUUUCAUUGAAAUAAUGUGUCUUUUAGUCUCUCGGUGGCUUUAAUAUUAAUCAAAUGGGUCGUGGAAUUUGCAUAAAUUAUGAUCAACCGACGUCGUUGCAAAUCCAACUGUCCCACUACAGACAAAAAUAUAACUGGGACUGUGGCCUGUCUUGCGUAUUGAUGGUGCUCCCCCGCAAGGCCAGGCUACACUUCUUGGACAACUUCGACAAGAUCUGUAAGGAAGAAGGUUUCAACAAAAGCACGUGGACGAUCGAUCUGUGCUACUUGUUGAGGAGGUACAACGUCGAUUUGGUUUAUCACACUGUUACUAUAGGUGUACAUCCCGCCCACGCAAACAGUAGUUUUUACAACAAAAUAUUGACAAAGGAUGAAACCAGGGUGAACAAACGAUUCGAAAACGCCGAAAUGUACGGGGUGAGGAUAAAAAAGGGAUCUCUGUCUAUAAACUAUGUGCUGCGUCAACUGAUGCAAGGACCGGCGAUCGUGCUGACCAAUGCGCAGCUCAUUUACUGUGAUAGAUGUAAAUUCAACAAAAUCAAGACUGAACUGAGGAAGUGCAUACCGUUUACGCCCUCCUAUCAGGGACAUUACAUAGUUUUGUGUGGCUACGACGUCAAGUUGGGCAGGGUUUAUUAUAGGAAUCCAUCGUUCAACGAUCAUGUGUGCAUAAUGCCAAUAUUAAAUCUCCAAGAAUCUUGGAAAAGUUUUGGAACUGAUGAAGACAUUAUUUUUAUUAAUAAUGUUAAAUAGAUACUUAAUUUAUAUGAUGUAUAGAAUAAUCAUGUGUGAUAAUAUGCAUUUAUUUAAACUGUCUAAUCAUUUUUCUACUGGUACAAAUAUAAAAUAGAUGUUUAUUAAAA